GCUCCUUCAAAACAAUCUUUUUGUGAARGCUGAGAAAUGUGAGUUCCACACCACCAACACCACCUUCCUGGGAUUCAACAUCACGCCAGGCCAGAUCUCGAUGGACCCCUCCAAGGUUUCGGCUGUUCUGGAGUGGCCGGUUCCCCAGACACAACGCAAUUAUGAUGCUGGUGAUCGUGAACUUCUUGCAGUCAAGAUGGCAUUGGAGGAGUGGCGUCAYUGGUUGGAGGGGGCCAAUCAUCCUUUCAUCGUCCUGACAGAUCACAAAAAUCUGGAAUAUCUUCGAACUGCUAAAAGUCUCAAUCCACGACAAGCCAGGUGGGCUCUGUUUUUUGGAAGGUUCAAUUUCUCUUUGUCCUACAGGCCCGGGACCAAGAACGUCAAGCCCGACUCUCUCUCUCACAUCCAUGAAAAGGAACAGACCAGUGGAAUUGAGGAGUUCAUCUUGCUCGAGCAUGUGCGCCUUGCCAUUACCCAGGUCGAGAGGGAGGUCCAGGAGGCCGACCAGAACCAUCCACCACCAAGUGAUUGCCCGGAUGACAGACUCUAUGUCCCUGAACAUCUCGUCAACAAGACUGAUGGCCAGUCGGAGCGAGCCAAUCAAGAAAUGGAGACUCGUCUGCGGAUUCUAUGCGGCAAUGAUGCCACCAAAUGGGCCAAACAUCUUCCCAUAAUAGAACAUGCGAUGAACUCCCUGCCUUCCAGUGCUACUGGUCUGUCUCCGUCCUACGUGCUUUAUGGCUACCAACCACCAAUUUUUACCGUCCAGGAACGUGAUGCUGUGGUUCCGUCUGACUACCAAGCUGCCCAGAGAUGCCAGAGAGUCUGGAGAAAGGCAAGAACCCAGCUUCUGAAGUCCACAGCAAUCUAUUCAAGAACAGCCAACCGUCACAGAACCCCUGCUCCUAACUACCAAGAAGGCCAAAAGGUGUGGCUGUCUACCAAAGACUUACCUCGGCGAGUAGACUGCAGGAAGUUGGCUCCUCGUUUCAUCGGCCCUUUUCCCAUUUCCAAGGUGGUUAACCCUGUGGCCGUCAAGCUGAAGCUACCCACAUCUAUGAGAGUACAUCCUACGUUCCACGUGUCCCGGGUCAAACCUGUCCAGUUUUCAAGAUUUUUGCCCACCUCCAGGCCCCCUCCACCCGCCCGAUUCAUUGAUGGAGAUCCUGUGUACACUGUUCGUCGCCUUUUACGUUCUCGAUGCUGGGGGAGAGGGACUCAAUACCUUGUCGACUGGGAAGGAUAUGGCCCUGAAGAACGUUCCUGGGUCCCUGCAUGUCACAUCCUAGAUAAGACCCUCAUCUAA